UAUGUGACCUCCCCAACCUGCCAACCACUAGUCUAGUGUGUUGCCCACUCUUUGCCUCUUCCCUUGUGGUUUUCUGGGCUCAUGGUUUUAAGUUUUUUUUUUUUUGGGGUGGUGGGGGGGUUCAUUUCAUCUGAACAAAGUGGUUUAAAGCUAACCCAUUUUCAGACAAAACUUGUUAUUUCUGGAUUCCUAAUGUUUCUUUUUGAAAAAUGAGAGAUCAUCCUUACAUAAAUUAAAGGGUGGUUUUUUGUUUUGGGGUUUGGAGUAAAAAGUUAGCUGGAUAUGUAUCUAACUAGCUUUAUAAUCAUGUUUCAUGUCAUGAUUAGAAAAUGUGAUUUUCAGGGAAAAAGUGAGCUUCUUUUGUUUGUUUUUCAAGAUGGGUUUUGUGAUUUACUCAUAUAGUUGGUGUAUGUUCAAUCAAAGCUCUUCUUAAGGAAGAGUAUGAGAAGCUGACAAGGGUUUAUGAUCUGGGUUCUUGGGUGAUUUGUGUAGGACCCUUCAGAUAUUACUUAGAACUAUUUUCCUUCACUUAUUAUUUUUUAUUCGCUCUUGUUUUUUCUUCCAGUGGAAGGGUUUUAAAGUAUAGAAAAUAGAGUAUAGUUGAGGGGAAUUAAGUUGAGAAUUUCAAGUUCCUUUAGAUGUGAUUUGAAAACAAAGAUGAGAUCUUUGAGUAGUGUAGGACUUGGUCUGAGCAUAGUUUUUGGGUGCCUUCUGUUAGCUCUAGUUGCUGAGCUUUACUACUUGCUCUGGUGGAAGAAGAGGCUCACCAGCACAGAGAUGGAGGAUGAUUACAGCAGCCCAGCAAGGGAGUUCCUGUACAUGUACUGUUGGAAGAAGCCAUCUUCUUUGAGCUCCAGAGCUCUCAAUCCCCAAGAACUAUGCUCUUCAGACAGAGUAACUGACACCCAUGUGCUUGAACCACAGCAGGCUCAUCAUCAGCUUCAUAUGCAUGGAAAAGAGGACUAUUUGCUCAAGCCCUUUGGAGAAGAAACCAUGGAGACUGAACUCAUGAGGCUGCAUGAUCUCUCUGGCCCUCCAAGAUUUCUCUUCACCAUCAAGGAAGAAACAAAGGAGGAUUUAGAAUCUGAAGAUGGGAAGUCUAGAGGUGAUAAGAGUGCAAAGGGGUCAAGAAGUAGGAGCCUGAGUGAUCUUCUUCUAACAGUGGAGACUCCAUUUUUGACACCUCUUGCUUCUCCACCAUUUUUCACUCCUCCUCUUACUCCUAUGGACUCCUCUUAUAACCACCAAGGAGUCAACCCGCUCUUUGAAUCAGCGGCAGAUGCUGAUCAGUUUAGCAAAAUAAGUUCAUCACCACCUCCCAAGUUCAAGUUCUUGAAGGAUGCUGAGGAGAAACUCCACAGAAAAGUAAUGGAAGAAGCCAAAAAGGAGCAGUUGCAGUUUGAAGUGUCUGCAGAUUUUGCAGUUAAUCCUCCUUCCUCUUCAAAGCUUCACAAGGAUGAAGAAGAUGGAUCGUUUAUCACCAUUGUUGUUGCUAAGAACAAAGAGAAAGACCUCACUCAUCAUUCAAGCUCUUCACAGAUACUUCCUCUGGUUUCUUCCCCUUCAACAUUCGACCCAUCAGCUAGCAAGAAACCCAUCUUGCACCACAGCUUCACAAAUUAAAUAUUUCCUUAGUUUCAUUUUAUGACUGAAUUUACUGAUUUUUUUUUUUCUAGAGAUUUUGGGUUUUCUCUUACUACAUUUAGGGUGUUUGGGUAUCAAUUAGUAGUUAAUCUGCAGAAACCCUUUUGCAAAGCAUCUUGAAAUUUCCAGAGGAGAGACAACAUUCUCUGCAACAUGAUGCUGGGAGGUGGCCUGAUGGUGCAAGUGGAAGACUUGUGGGGUUAUUUGUUUUAUUCAAUCUCCAUGUCUCUCCUGAGUUGUCUGAUACCUGUAAUCAUUCAUGUGGGUGAUACUAGUACAGAGGGUGUUGUCUAAAGAGCCACUGUAAAUUCUUUUAAGGCCAAUUCCCCUCCAUGCUUCUGAGAGAUACACAUAAAAUAAUACUGUUGCACUGUAUCCACAACA